UAAUGCCAGACGGGGACCAUGUUAUCAUAGGUAUUAGGUGGUAAAAACAAAAUUUGCUUAUUAAUUAAUUAUUAUUUGUAAUUGUAAUUUUCUUAUUUGUAAAGGUCAAUCGACCCCCACCUAUAUUCAUACAAAUGGCCGCUUGUCAGAACCCCAAACCCCAUCAAUACAUAAAACAAACCAAUCCAAUCGCAUCUGCAAGAUUCCAAUUCCGACUACAAUUCACGCGUAAAUCCUUCACCAGUCGUCACAAAUCUCAGUUUCUGUUACCAACACCAGAUCGUUAACCAUUUUCAGAUGAAAUUUUCAUCCCUAAGUAGUCGUCAAUUUCCAGAUUCAUUAACAACAUCAUCAUCGUGAUGUAUACUGGUAAUCUGUUAGGGUUUGGUCUAGCCGUAUCCUCUAGUGCAUUCAUCGGAUCAAGUUUUAUUAUUAAAAAGAAAGGUCUACAAAGGGCUGGUGCUUGUGGUACUCGUGCAAGAUCUGGAGGAUAUGGUUAUCUGUUGGAGCCAUUGUGGUGGAUUGGCAUGUUGACUAUGGUUGUUGGAGAAUUUGCUAAUUUUAUAGCUUACAUAUAUGCUCCAGCUGUUCUCGUGACUCCAUUGGGGGCAUUGAGUAUUAUUGUGAGUGCGAUUUUGGCACAUUUCUUACUAAACGAGAAACUGGGGCGAAUGGGGAUACUCGGAUGUGUGCUUUGUAUAGUCGGUUCCACCGUUAUCGUGAUUCACGCCCCCGCUGAACAUAGCAUAAGCUCGGUGGAAGAAAUUUGGGACCUAGCAACACAACCAGCUUUUCUUUUGUACACAGCAUCAGCAAUCGCUGUGGUAUUGUUCUUGGUGUUGUACUGUGAAUCACGAUACGGGCAGACUAAUAUGAUGGUGUAUAUUGGCGUAUGUUCUAUAAAUGGUUCGUUGACGGUUAUGAGUGUGAAAGCAAUAGGCAUUGCCAUAAAACUUACAUUAGAGGGUUCAAGCCAGGUGGCACGCUACCAAACAUGGAUUUUUGUAAUGGUAGCUGUUACAUGUAUAAUCACUCAAUUGAAUUACUUAAAUAAGGCUUUGGACACAUUUAACACGGCGGUUGUUUCACCUAUCUAUUAUGCCAUGUUCACAUCUUUCACAAUCCUCGCUAGUGCCAUCAUGUUCAAGGAUUGGUCCGGUCAGAGUGUUAGCACAAUUAUUUCGGUUCUUUGUGGGUUCAUGACCGUGCUUUCUGGUACCAUGAUUUUGCACAGUACACGAGAACCCGAUCCACAACCUAUUUCAGACAUGUAUGCAUCACUUUCUCCUCAAAUAUCGUGGAUUGUGCAUGCAAACGGGGAAAUAUGGAAGCACAAGGAUAACGACGAAUCAUGCCCAGAAGUUGUUGCAAUAAUUCAACCCGAUCAUUUCAAAUGAUCCAUUUUUGAAGAAUGUAGCAUGAAACUCCUCAAAUAUGAUCGGGAACAGGUUUACAUUGGUUUUCUGCAUUCUCAGUCAGUCGGGCCAGGGGAUAGAAGAAACAUUCUAUACAAGGUAAUCAACACGGUAAUCUUCCUGUGAAAAUAGAAUUGGCUUAUAUCUAUUUGUUUGGGAUCUUAUACAUCCCAAUAGUGAUUUAUAACUAGUUCAUUGAUAGUAUUGUUCCUUAUAUUUACAUUUUGCUUUAGGUGGUGUUUUGCUUUGUAAAUGUUUUAACAUAGUGUAUUCGGUUAAAAUGCAAUCUAGGCGCAGAAAGGUAAUUUAAAAAAA